AUUUUUAGGGUUUUGGAGAACUUCUCCUGAGACAGAGAGGGAGGGUUUUGGCUUCUAAGUCCUAAGUCCUAAUUCCACAGUAUCAUCGAAAUUCAUCCUCCUCCAAUGGAUCCAUCAGCCCUUAGUUCCCCUGAAAUGCAGCAAUUCCUUAACCAAGAGAAGGAAAGGGCUAUGCUCAAUGAAAUGGUCUCGAAGCUUACAGUCAAAUGCUGGGACAAAUGUAUCACUGGUACCCCUGGGAGCAAAUUCAGCUCAAGUGAAUCAGCUUGUCUUUCCAAUUGUGCUCAACGUUACAUGGAUAUGAACCUCAUUAUCAUGAAACGCUUUCAGUCCAUGCAGUGAAUUUCAAGGAACACUAGCAUUCUGUCUAUGGUCACAGAAUGUGACCCCUUUUUCGUUCCUAGUUAUCUUU